AUGCUUGAGGAGAUUUCUGCACGCUUGGCCGAAGAGAAAUGGGAGAAGCGCAAGUUUGUGCAGGCUUUCUCCAGGGAAGAGGCAAAGCGGCACAGUGCUGAGAGACAGCUUCAAGAGCUGCUAGAAAUGCAAAAUGACCUGGCCGCACGCUUGGCUGAAGAGAAACGAGAGAACCACAGGUUUGACCAGGCAUUGUCCAAGGAAGAGGCGAAGCGAAACAGUGCUGAAAGACACCUUCAAGAGCUGCUGGCAGUGCGAAAACACCUCACUGCACGCUUGGCUGAGCAGAAACGUAUUUCCCGGGUAGGUCACGGUGCAGUUUGGCAAUACGAGGAGGGUGGAUGUUGGCAUGCUUUGCCACCCGAAGGGAAUGAUGAGAUGCAAGAAGCUUACUUGAAUUGCCUGCGAAAGCCCACCUGUGGGUUUUCAAUCACUAUCAAUUCUGCUGGCGUAUCUCGCCGUGUUGAUUUUGGGCUGAUGCAGCAAAAACGAUGCGACACCAACAAAAUUGGCAGGAUUUGA